CUUUCUCCUGCGGAGUAAAUUAUUGUAACUGCGACCGUAACGAAUCGUUCUUCAACAUCAACAUUUGCUGCUUGGUGUAGCGAUGGAUAAAACUAAGAUGGAAACAGGGUCGCCAAAGAAGAAGCUACCGGAAGUACCGGAAACUCUGUUGAAGAAAAGAAAAACGAAAGCUGAACAUAAGGCUAAAAGACUUGCAUUAGCAAUUAAACAGAGAAAGCUUAACAAAGAGAAGCGCAGAUUAAUUUUCAAGCGUGCAGAGAAAUAUGUUAAAGAAUACAGAAGGAAAGAAAGAGAUGAAAUUCGUUUGAAACGUAUAGCUCGUCACCACAAAAACUUUUAUGUACCCGAAGAACCAAAACUUGCUAUUGUUGUGAGGAUAAGAGGUAUCAAUGGAGUAAGUCCUAAGCCUCGUAAAGUGUUGCAGUUAUUUAGACUAAGGCAGAUCAACAAUGCUAUGUUUGUAAAAUUAAAUAAAGCUACCAUCAACAUGCUUCGUAUCGCGGAGCCUUAUAUUGCUUGGGGGUAUCCUAAUUUGAAAACUGUCAAAGAAUUGGUAUAUAAAAGAGGAUUUGGGCGAGUUGAUCACAAGAGAAUUGCUUUGACAGACAACAAGAUCAUUGAAAGGCAAUUAGGAAAGUAUGGCAUAAUUUGUAUGGAGGAUCUAAUUCAUGAGAUUUAUACCUGUGGUCCAAACUUCAAGAAAGCAACAAACUUUUUGUGGCACUUCAAACUCAACAACCCAAGAGGUGGUUGGAGAAAGAAGACCAUUCAUUAUGUUGAAGGAGGGGAUUUUGGAAAUAGGGAAGGAAAGAUUAAUACCAUCUUGAGAAAAAUGAUUUAAAACUGAAAUAAAAGUGUAAAUUUCUGUUAA